GCGGGGGGACCGGUAUAAAGCAGCAGGCGCCUGUGCCCGCUCCACCUCUCAAGCAGCGCCUGCCUGAGUCUGUUCUGCCCCCUCCCCACCCAGUUCACCACCACCAUGACACCGGGCAUCCAGUCCCCUUUCUUCCUACUGCUGCUACUCAUAGUGCUUACAGCAGUUCUUACAGGUUCUGGUCAUGCAAGCUCUACCUCGGGAGGAGAAAAGACGGGGACUACCCACAGAAAUUCAGCACCCAGCUCUACCAGGAGUGUUGUGAGUGUGACCAGCAGUGGCAUCUCCAGCCAUAGCCCUGGUUCAGGCUCCUCCACUAUUCAGGGAUACAACCUGACCCCGGCCCUAGCCACCACACUAACCUCAGGUUUGGCUGCCACUGGGGGACAGGAUGUCUCCUUGACCCCAGCCCUGGGCUCCACCACUGCUCCAGCUCACCACAGCACCUCGGCCACGGACACUGGGCCAGCCUCUGGCUCCACCACCACUCCAGGCCACCAUGGCACCUCAGCCACGGACACUGGGCCAGCCUCCAGCUCCACCACGGCUCCAGCCCACCACGGCACCUCGGCCACGGACACCGGGCCAGCCUCCGGCUCCACCACCGCUCCAGCCCAUGGUUCCACCACCACUCCAGCCCACCAUGGCACCUCGGCCACGGACACCGGGCCACCCUCCAGCUCCAUCACGGCUCCAGCCCACCACGGCACCUCGGCCACCGACACCGGGCCAGCCUCCGGCUCCACCACCGCUCCAACCCACUAUGGCACCUCAGCCACGGACACCAGGCCAGCCUCCAGCUCCACCACCACUCCAGCCCACCAUGGCACCUCGGCCACGGACACCGGGACAGCCUCCAGCUCCAUCACGGCUCCAGCCCACCAUGGCACCUCAGCCACGGACACCGGGCCAGCCUCCGGCUCCACCACCGCUCCAGCCCAUGGUUCCACCACUGCUCCAGCCCACCAUGGCACCUCGGCCACGGACACCGGGCCACCCUCCAGCUCCACCACCACUCCAGCCCACCAUGGCACCUCGGCCACGGACACCGGGACAGCCUCCAGCUCCAUCACGGCUCCAGCUCACCAUGGCACCUCAGCCACGGACACCGGGCCAGCCUCCGGCUCCACCACCGCUCCAGCCCAUGGUUCCACCACCGCUCCAGCCCACCAUGGCACCUCGGCCACGGACACCGGGCCACCCUCCAGCUCCACCACCACUCCAGCCCACCAUGGCACCUCAGCCACGGACACCGGGCCAGCCUCUGGCUCCACCACCGCUCCAGCCCACCAUGGCACCUCGGCCAGGGACACCGGGCCAGCCUCCGGCUCCACCACCGCUCCAGCCCAUGGUUCCACCACCGCUCCAGCCCACCGUGGCACCUCGGCCACGGACACCGGGCCACCCUCCAGCUCCACCACAGCUCCAGCCCACCAUGGCACCUCGGCCACGGACACCGGGCCAGCCUCCAGCUCCACCACGGCUCCAGCCCACCAUGGCACCUCGGCCACGGACACCGGGCCAGCCUCCAGCUCCACCACGGCUCCAGCCCACCAUGGCACCUCGGCCACGGACACCGGGCCAGCCUCCAGCUCCACCACGGCUCCAGCCCACCAUGGCACCUCGGCCACGGACACCGGGCCAGCCUCCAGCUCCACCACGGCUCCAGCCCACCAUGGCACCUCGGCCACGGACACCGGGCCAGCCUCCAGCUCCACCACGGCUCCAGCCCACCAUGGCACCUCGGCCACGGACACGGGGCCACCCUCCGGCUCCACCACCACUCCAGCCCACCAUGGCACCUUGGCCUCAGGCUCGACAUCAGGCUCAGCUUCCACUUUGGUGCACAACGGCACCUCUGCCACUGAGUCUACCACAACCCCAGGCAGCAAGAGUACUCCAUUCUCAACUCCCAGCCACCAUUCUGAUACUCCUGCCACCCUUGCCAGCCAUAGCACCAAGACUGUUGGCAGUAGCACUCACCAUAGCAUAGUACCUCCUCUCACCUCCUCCAAUCACAGCACUUCUCCCCAGUUGUCUAUUGGGGUCUCUUUCUUUUUCCUGUCUUUUCGCAUUUUGAACCUCCAGUUUAACUCCUCUCUGGGAGAUCCCAAUACCAACUAUUACCAAGAGCUGCGGAGAAACAUUUCUGAGUUGUUUUUGCAGAUUUAUAAACAAGAGGAUUUUCUGGGCCUCUUCAAUAUCAAGUUCAGGCCAGGAUCUGUGGUGGUAGAAUCGACUCUGGCCUUCCGAGAAGGUACCACCAAUGUCCAAGACGUGGAGACACAGUUUGAAGCGCAUAAAGCGGAAGCAGCCUCUAGAUAUCACCUGAAUGUCUCAGCAGCCAGCGUGCGUGAUGUGCCAUUUCCUUUCUCUGCCCCGUCCGGGGCUGGGGUACCAGGCUGGGGCAUUGCGCUGCUGGUGCUGGUCUGUGUUCUGGUUGCGCUGGCCGUCAUCUAUCUUGUUGCCUUGGCUGUCUGGCAGUGCCGCCGAAAGAACUACGGGCAGCUGGAUAUCUUUCCAGCCCGGGAUGCCUACCAUCCUAUGAGCGAGUACCCCACCUACCACACCCAUGGGCGCUAUGUGCCCCCUGGAAGUACCAAUCGUAGCCCCUAUGAGGAGGUUUCUGCAGGUAAUGGUGGCAGCAGCCUCUCUUACACAAACCCAGCGGUGGCAGCCACUUCUGCCAACCUGUAGGGGCACCUCGCCUGCUGAGCUGAGUGGUCAGCCAGUGCCAGUCCGCCCCACUCCGGCUCUUCAUGGCCAGAGACCCCAAACCCCGUUCUGGGCUGGUGAGCUGGGAGUUCGGGUGUGCUGCUCACAGCCUCCCUCAGAGGCCUCACCAAGUUCCUGGACCCUUCUCGGCCUGUGGAAGCCCACGCCUGCCCCUGAGGGCUUAUGCCUGGGGAGUGGUGCGGUGGGAGCUCCCAGGAGGACUGGCCCAGAGACCCCGGAGAUGGCAGGGAACCGGGACAGGACUCAAUAAAACAUGGUCUCCCGCUGUA